CGGCUUCCUGAAAUAGAGGUAGAGUAGGCUAUGGCCGUUAUGACGGGAUUGCGGCUAUGCUAUUGUCUGUGGAAUUGUGGAAAUCUUUCUUCUUUCUUCACCACGUUUCGUGACCACACAUUCGCCUCCACGUUCGCUGGCCGUUGGUCCGAAAGUGAUUCAAAAGACGAUCAUUUUUUUCCCCCUUUCAAUUUUAUUUCAUUUGAUCGGUGUCGAUUUUAAUUACGAAUUUCAAAAUGAAUUCCAAUAAGCCAGUACCUGAACCUGAAAUCAUCCCUGAUUUUUUUCAUGAUCCUAAGAGUAAAAAACGUUACGAGAGAGGCCGAUUACUUGGAAAGAGUGGGUUUGCCAAAUGCUUCGAGCUCAUAGACAGCGCUACCAAAAAAAUCUAUGCUGGCAAAAUAGUUAACAAGAAGCAGCAGCUUCCGCCAAAGCAUAAAUUGAUGGAUAUGACAUCCCACGAAAUACUUAUUCACCUCCCUCUGGACCACAAACAUGUGGUUGAAUGUCACAAUUAUUUUGAAGACGGUAAUUAUUACGCCAUUGUUUUGGAGCUUUGCAAAGGAGGGACUCUCGGUGAGUUGAUAAAAACAAGACAGUACAUCACAGAAGAUGAAGCUCACUACUUCAUGAACCAACUUCUUCGUGAACUGGUACUGAAGAUAGGAGACUUUGGCCUUGCAACAGAGAUAGAUAUUGAUGGCAAAAGGAAAAAUAAAGUCUGUGGCACUCCCAACUACAUGGCACCCGAAAUUUUGUGGGGAGAAGAACACGGUUAUGAAGUGGAUAUUUGGUCUAUGGGCUGCAUUUUAUACACUCUAUUGGUUGGGCAUCCUCCCUUUGAAACACAGUCAGUCAAAAAUACCUAUAGCAAAAUCAAAACGAAUGAGUUUUAUGUUCCGUCUCGUAUUGGUCCUCUGGCUGGUGCUCUUAUCAUCAAAAUGCUUCAAGCAGUUCCUAGCAGCCGACCCAACGUGCAUCAAUGUUUGACCGUUCCAUCAGGCCCAUCGCCUCAGCAACUGCUCCGUGACUUGGACCAACAACUUUUCGAACUUUACACCUCGAAACCACACAAGAAAGUUCCAAUCCUCAUGGAUGAGGCCGAAGAUCUCGCUGCCAUUCCGAUGGUGUGGGUUUCCAAAUGGGUCAACUAUUCUGACAAGUACGGCUUUUUUGGUUAUCAGUUGAGUGACGACACGAUCGGUGUCAUUUUCAACGAUCUCACCAAGCUGUUAUUGCACGUCGAUGGAAAAGCCAUUCAGUACGUCGAACGAGAUGGUAUUUAAAAGUACCACACACUGGACUGCUACCCUCCUAAGUUGGAGAAAAAGAUGAAGCUGUUGGCUUACUUUCGGUCGUACAUGCAAGAGAAUUUGAUCAAAGCUGGUGGCUCCGUCCUUCCGAGAGAAGGUGACGAACUUAUCCGCCUACCAUUCCUUCGGCAGUGGUUCCGUACCUCGCGGGCCGUCGUAAUGCAUCUGACCAACGGCACGUUACAGGUCAAUUAUUUCCGAGAUCACGUCAAAAUUAUUCUGUGUCCUUUGAUGGGAGCCGUCUCAGUUAUUGAUGAAGACAAAAAUUUCCGAACAUUCCGGCUCACAUCUCUAGCCCAAUACGGUUGUUCAAAUGAUUUACUACAGCGGUUGGAGUAUGUGCGCGAACAAAUUUCGUUUCUUUUAGCGCCCAAGUCGCAGACUCAUGGAGUCCGCGCCAAGUGAUUUUUUCUUUUUACAUACAUAUUUCUUUUUAAUGUGAAUAUUCGUCCAAAUGCCCUCCCAGCUCUUAAUGUUUUAUUCUUCAUAUUUUUAUAAUUUUUUUUAAAAUGUGAAACUGCCUCGAGUUUUUUUUUUAAGUGAAAUUGAACAUCUAUCACUAGUCUUACACUUCAAAUACUUUCUCUUUAACGGUUUUUCGUGAUCUAAAUGGUAGAUAACCCCAAUUAUUCUGUUACCAAAAUUAAAAUAAUACACGUAAUUUUUUAAUUAUC